AGUGUCCCGGAGCCGAUCUGCGGGUGGAGAGAGAGAGAGAGGCUCCACCAGAGGAGAACCUAUGAGCACAUCAGCCCGGAGACCCGCUCCUCACCGACACCAGGCAGCCAGCAAGUUAGGUGACAGUCGGUCACGAGUGGAGAGAUUUUUCAUGAAACAUCUCAGCGAUGAAGGUCGUCGGUUUGAGCCACUUGUAGCGUCGGCUCGCUCGGGUUAGACAGACGGUGCUCCAGAUAACGUGCCGGACGCUCACAGCGACGCUGCGGCGGGGAAAAGAAAGUGGAGACAACUUGCUAGCCUGCUAGCUAACCUUUAGCCACCGCCGAGCCUCCUUCAGCCCGAAAAGCACAGUUCACUCGAUUGUUGGGCUUGGUUCACCUCUCUUCAGCCAUGCCUUUUCCCUUUGGUAAGACUCAGAAGAGUCCGGCAGAAAACGUGAGGAGUUUGAAGGAGAAUGUGGCGUACUUGGAGAAACUGGACCCUGGAGACAGCAAAAAGUGUGAGAAGGUUGCAGAUGAGGUGUCUAAAAGCCUGGCCUCGCUGAAGGAGGUGCUCUGUGGAACAGGUGACAAGGAGCCUCACACCGAAGCUGUGGCUCAGCUCGCACAGGAGCUGUACAACACCGACCUCCUCAUCACCCUCAUUGCCAACCUGCAUAGGAUUGACUUUGAGAGGAAGAAGGAUGUGGUUAAUUUGUUCAGCAAUAUUGUCAGACGUCAGAUUGGCACUCGCACACCCACGGUAGAGUACAUCUCUACACACCCACAGAUCCUCUUCAUGCUUCUGAAAGGAUACGAGAGUGCCGAGGUGGCUCUGAAUUGUGGAAUGAUGUUGAGGGAGUGCCUGCGUCACGAGCCUUUGGCCCGGACGGUUCUCCUCUCCGAAGACUUCUACUGCUUCUUCCAUUAUGUCGACCUCUCCACCUUUGACAUUGCCUCAGAUGCUUUCGCCUCAUUCAAGGAUCUCCUUACUAGACACAAGAUUAUGUGUGCAGAUUUUCUGGAGAACCAAUACGACAGGGUAUUUACAGAGUACGAGAAGCUCCUGCAUUCCGAAAACUAUGUCACCAAACGACAGUCUUUGAAGCUCCUCGGGGAACUUCUCCUGGAUCGACACAACUUCACUGUCAUGACAAAGUACAUCAGUCGGGCAGAGAACUUGAAGCUGAUGAUGAACUUGUUAAGAGACAACAGCCGAAACAUCCAGUUUGAAGCGUUCCAUGUCUUCAAGGUAUUCGUUGCAAACCCCAACAAGACUCAGCCCGUGCUGGACAUACUGCUGAAGAACCAGACCAAACUGGUGGAGUUCCUGAGCCACUUCCAGACGGACCGAUCCGAAGACGAGCAGUUCUGCGGCGAGAAGAACUAUCUGAUUAAGCAGAUCCGGGACCUGAAGAGGCCCGCGGCGCCGGAGGAAGCAUAAAAAGCUGUGUUGACGACUGCUCGGUCAGGUGGUAGAUUGUAGAGGUAGUGGCUGGAGCUGCAGAGAGGCUGAGUGAGAGACAUGCUUCAUUAAGAUUUAAUAUUAACUACAAAAUAUAGGAAAAAAAGAGUACAGAUUACUUCCUUCACUUUCUGUUUUUUUUAGUGUGGAUAUGGAGGUGAUUUCCAUCCAGAUACCUGAGUGGGCCAAGAACUGUUAUUUAAACCAUAGUGUUUUCUCUUUCAUCAUAAUGCAUUUAAUCUGUUUUAGUAUCCUUGGACCUUAAACUGUUGCCCUUCCUCAUACACUGUAGCUGGCAGUGACUUUAGAAUGACAGAAACGUCACCCCAUGCACAACCAACAUCUGCUCCGAGGUUCUCUUUAGUCUUUUCAUCUUCAGAAACUAUAUUUUAGAGAUUGAGGUAAAUAUAUUAUUUUUCUAAUGUGUCUUCAUGGUUAACAGUUUCAAACAUAGAGUAACUCUCUUCUCUCUGCACAUUGCUUAGCCUCACUAAUCACAGCGGUUUGAUUUGUUGCCUUAUUGUGAAGCUGUUGUGUUGCACAGGGACCUAAAUUAUCCUUCACAUGUGGAUCAUAUUGGCCAGGUCAACACACAGUGAUUUUUUUCAUGAGGGGGGUGAGAAUUGUGAAUUUCUUUGGCCUUUGGUCACAUGUGUAAGGUUGCAAAAGUUUGAAAUGAUCCAGUUGUGCUGUACUUGCCAAUGCGUUAGUUGGAACAGGAAGAGAAAAUCAAAACCACAGAGGAAUCAA